CUCUCUCUAGAAAAUCGAAAGGUUUCUCUUUUUCCUCACAAAAACCCUCGCUUUCUCUUCGAUUCUCUCUCUCCUCCUCACCUUGCACAGUAUCAUCACCAAGUUCAUUUUCUGUGGUUUUUCUUCCAAUUUUAUCCCUACUCUGAUAUAUAUCACAGAAUGCCCUCCGAGGAUUCAAAGCUCGUGAAGAAAGAGGAGGUUGAGGACGAAGAGGAUGAUAAGAGCCUCAGUUCUGUUCUUGAAAGCCGCAAGAAGAAACCCAAGAAUGCUACUCCCAAAUCUCGCUCUCCAAAUCAAGCUAAAAAGGUGAAGAAAGAAGAAGCUGAUGAGGAUUUUGAGCAGUCCACGGCUAAGAAGAGCUUGGACAAGACUGAUAAGAAAAAGAAGAAGAAAAAGGAGGAGGAGAAAAAAAUUAAAGGUGCCAAAGAAGCUGAGCAGAAUGGUAAGAAGAGGGAAAAAAAGGUGUAUGAUUUGCCUGGUCAGAAACGAGACCCUCCUGAGGAAAGAGACCCAUUGAGGAUUUUCUAUGAGACUUUGUAUAAGCAAGUACCUGAGAGCGAAAUGGCAGCUUUCUGGAUGAUGGAGUCCGGUUUGCUCUCCAAGGAGUUGGCGAAAAAGAUUUUUGAGAGGAAACAGAAAAAAGUUCAACAGCAAAGGCUUGGUUCAUCGCCAAUGAAAGCUGUUGUUACUGUAAAGAAAAGCACCCACUCUGUUACUGUAAAGAAAAGCACCCACUCUGUUACUGUCAAGAGGAAAAUAACAUCCUCCCCAGUUGCUUCCCAGAAAAAGAAGACACCGGACUCUAAAACUGCAUCCAAACAGUCCAAGAAGCGCAAGAGCAGUGAUGAAUCAGAUGAUGACUUUACUAGCUCUGCAAAGAAAGUAACAAAGAAAAAAAGAGUAGAUUAAUUUAGUUUUAUCAGCAUUUGCUAGUUGUCUCUUAUUUUCAUGGUGUUUGGACUACUAACAUGUUACAUUAUGUCUUUGCCUUUUGAACUCCAUGGACAAUAUAAACCAGUAAGUGACUUUUAUUUUUAUUUUUA